AUGUUGAAACGAAAAUUACAAGAUUUAACGGUCUGCUGCUCCUAUCAAGUGGAAUUUCUUCAUCAGAAAGCUCACUCCGCAAAAGAAUUCCGACGGCAGUACACAGUACUAGAAGAAAUCGGUCGUGGCGGUUUCGGUAUCGUCUAUCGAGCUACCCGAAACGUUGAUGGCCUUCCAGUUGCUGUCAAGUUUGUCGAGCAUAAACAUGUUCGCGAAUGGACCUUGACGGGCAAUCAACUGAUACCCUCGGAAGUAUGUCACCUAGAAACGUGUAGCGAUGUUCCGGGUGUCAUAAAGCUGAUCGAUUGGUUUGCUAACUCAAAAGGCUUUCUGAUAGUUAUGGAGCGGCCAGAACACUGCAUGGAUAUCUUCGACCUGAUCUCUACUUAUGGUAAACUUGACGAAGGUGAACUAUUUCGUUUGUUCGUACUCACUUACAAAAAUAUUUUUGACCAGUUAUCAGAUUAUGAAUCAUUUAUUUAUCAGACUAAUCGAUUAUUGAGCUACCCGCAAGUUUUUCUAUACAAUUUUGAUAUCCUAUGCUCCACUCUUCUUUAA